AUGUCGUACGCCCAUCUCGGGGCGCCAGCCGUGUUCAAUGGCACAAACGAUGAGAUUGGCGGCGAUUCAAGGACCGAAAACCUUAACCAGUGGUAUCAGGCGGGCGACCAGGCCUUCAUCAUCAUCUCAUCAUGUCUCGUGCUCCUCAUGGUCCCCGGUAUCGCGUUCCUCUACUCUGGUCUCGCGCGGAGAAAAUCAGCCCUCUCCAUGCUCUGGGUCGUCAUGAUGUCCUUUAGCGUCAUCGUAUUCCAGUGGUACUUCUGGGGAUACUCUCUUGCCUUUGGUCAGACGUCCAAUAACGGCUUCAUCGGCGACCUCAAGCACUUUGGCCUCAUCAACGUCUGGGCCACGCCGUCGGUCGGGUCGCCGCUCAUCCCCGCGCUGCUGUUCUCCUUUUACGAGAUGAUGUUUUGCGCCGUCACCGCCGCCCUGACAGUCGGCGCCGUCGCCGAGAGGGGGCGCGUCAUCCCCGGCAUGGUCUUCACCUUCUUCUGGGCCACGCUGGUCUACUGCCCUCUUGCGUACUGGGUGUGGAACGCCAACGGCUGGGGUUACAAGAACGGCGUGCUCGACUACGCCGGCGGAGUCCCCGUCGAGAUUGGGUCCGGCGUGUCGGCCCUCGCCUACUCGUGGGUGCUGGGCCGCCGCAACGAGAGGAUGAUGAUGAACUUCCGCCCGCACAACAUCUCGCUCAUCACCCUCGGCACCAUGUUCCUAUGGUUCGGCUGGCUGGGCUUCAACGGCGGCUCGGCCUUUGGUGCCAACCUGCGUGCUGUCAUGGCCUGCUGGAACUCGUGUCUGACCGCCAUGUUUGCCGCCAUGACUUGGUGCCUGCUUGAUUUUAGGCUGGCCAAGAAGUGGUCCAUGGUUGGCUGGUGCUCGGGCACGAUUUCUGGUCUUGUUGCUGCUACGCCUGCCUCCGGAUUCAUUGACCCCUGGGCGAGCAUUGCCCUGGGUGUUGUUGCUGGCGUUUGCUGCAACUUUGGCACAAAGACUAACAUGUCUCCUUCUUUUUCCCGAAUAGUCAAGUUCCUUGUUCGUAUCGACGACUCUCUUGAUGUCUUUGCCGAGCACGGCAUUGGCGGCAUGGUUGGCCUCAUUUUUAACGCCUUCUUCGCUACUGGCAAGGUCAUCGGCCUCGAUGGCGUCAACACUGGAGCCAGCGGCGGCUUCAUCGACGGCAACUACAAGCUUCUCGGGUGGCAGAUUGCCGCCAUCGUCGCUGCCUCUGCUUACGCCUUUGUCAUGUCCGCCAUUAUUGCCAAGAUUAUCGACGUCGUCCCUGGUUUGAAGCUUCGGGCAUCUGAGGAAGCUGAGCUUCUCGGCAUGGAUGAUGACCAGCAUGGCGAAUUUUCAUACGACUAUGUUGAGGUUCGUCGGGACUUCUUGGCUUGGAGUCCCCCCAGUGGGGAGCCUGCUCAUGAUGGCGAAAUGAUUGAGCCUCAACACGGCAUUCAGGAACAUGCCAGCAUGGUGCGUCCCAUGAGUGUUUCUGACGGUCCUGUCGAGAAGAAGUCGUCUGCUUCAUCUGUGCAGUUUGAUAGAGACGACCGCGCGGUAUUGGACAAUGAGAAGAGAGAGUAG